AUGAAGGGCUGUGUUUCGCUUCCGGUUACUGAGAAACAACUGGCAGAUCUAAGGGUUCCAUUCAAUAAGAACCCACACCCCACCUCCAGCCUUGAGAAAGAAAUGGCCUCCCAAAUGGACAUACACCCAAGAGUACUACAGGUUUGGUUCAAGAAUCAUAGAGCAAAACUCAAGAAGGGCAAAUAUAAGCAUAUUCAGCAAAAACAAGAAGCUGAACAACAGCAAUUAGCUGAGGCAGGAGUCAAAACCAGCUCCUUCAAGAAGAACAUGGAUGCACCUCCCAGAUGCCUUAACAGCACCUACCCUGCAUCUCUGGUUACAGAUCAUCCAACACCUUCUUUCCAACCCAGCAUCUGCCCCAAUGUGAAGGGUCCCACAGACCAUUCUGUUGGGAUUUUUGGCUGCUGUCAGGAUCCUAACAUAUACUGCCUCCAUCCCAUCCUGGAAUCCCAGGUUUUUUCCACAAGCUUCAAUUCUGAUUCUUUUAGCUCUUCAUCUCCACAAAGAAUUUAG